UAUUUAUAGAGAAAAGUAAAUAAAGUUGAAUAUAAGCUAAUACCGUUUCUUUCAACUUCAUUGUCCAGUUUUGAUUCAGCCAGGUGGUUAAUAUUUGUGUUCCGGCGACUCUUGUUUGUUCAUCAUUGUUUCGGUUCCUCUCUUUCUCUGUUCCCAAAGAGGCAAAAGAGGGAAGAAGAAUGGAGGGGGCAGGUGCAGGUGCAGGUGCAGAUACAGUAGUGUGGCAAGGUGCGUUUCUGGGUGGAAUAGUCUUAUGGGUUGUCUCUGCUUCAUAUCUCAAUGUCACUCGCAUGCUUAGAUCUUUCCUGCAACCUUGGGUGUGUCACCAUGUUGACACUGGAAUCCCUAUUAUCCUCCAGAUCCAGAAUUACCGGCUUGGAUUCCUGGAUGCUCUUUUCUCUGGGUUGUCUUGUGUUGUUUCUGUGCCCUUUUACACUGCUUUUCUCCCUCUGCUAUUCUGGAGUGGUCAUGGCCAAUUGGCGCGGCAGAUGACGUUGUUGAUGGCGUUUUGUGAUUAUAUCGGGAACUGCAUAAAGGAUGUGGUUUCAGCUCCAAGACCCCGUUCUCCACCUGUCAAGAGAAUAACUGCUACAAAAGAUGAAGAAGAUAAUGCUUUAGAAUAUGGACUGCCUUCUUCUCACACACUUAAUACAGUUUGUUUAUCUGGCUACCUUGUGCACUAUGUCCUGACCCAUGCUGAAAUUCAAGGUGCCUAUGUUAAUUAUCUUGGAGUUUCUCUUGCUUGCUUGAUUGUGGCCCUCAUUGGUUUUGGAAGAAUUUAUCUUGGCAUGCACAGUUUGGUUGAUAUUCUUGUUGGCUUUUUUAUUGGACUCGGCCUUCUUGCAUUUUGGCUUACAGUUGAUGAAUACAUAGACAGUUUUGUGAUCUCAGGACAAAAUGUUACAUCUUUUUGGGCUGCCUUGAGCUUCCUAUUGCUUUUUGCUUAUCCAACUCCUGAACUUCCAACUCCAAGCUUUGAGUAUCACACUGCUUUCAACGGUGUUGCAUUGGGAAUUGUCGCUGGGGUACAGCAAACAUACCAUCAAUUUCACCAUGGCUCUGUUCCUCGUUUAUUCUCACCAGAACUGACAAUACCUGUAUUUAUGGGAAGAAUGCUGGUGGGAAUACCUACAAUUCUGAUUGUGAAAUUCUGCAGCAAGGCUCUGGCAAAAUGGACAAUUCCUAUGGUAGCAAACACCUUGGGCAUCCCAAUAAAAUCAACCAGCUAUAUCCCCACAUUGAAUAUGACGGGGAAAAAGUCCGAUAAGCUUAAACAAGGUUACUUGCAAAAGCUCCUUUCCCGGCAUAAGGCUUUCGAUGUUGAUACCGGAAUUAGAUUUCUUCAAUAUGCAGGCCUUGCGUGGUCUGUGGUCGAUCUAGUGCCAUCUCUUUUUUCAUACAUGAGCUUGUGAUGUGGAGAUAUGCUAACUAUAAUAUCAAAUUUUUGUACAGCAAGAGAUCAAGAACAAUAGAUCUUUCUUCCACGUGAAAUUUCAGCUUAUUGUGCAUUGCUUUCCAAGUAGGUUUCACAAAUUGAUCCACGUUUUUGCAAUCUCCACGCACCAAAAAAAAAGUACAAACCUUGCUUUAGCCUUCAUUCAGAUUAAUUUUUCUGUAAUUUAUCUCAUGCUUAUAUUA